CUCGCGGGGGGCACGUGACGCAGGGCUGUGGCCUGGGAAGCGGAGAGGAGCCGAGGAAGGGGGAGGGGGAAGGAGUAGAAUGGGGGAGGGGGCAAGUGAGGAGGAGGAGGAGGAGGAGGAGGAGGAGGAUGGGGGUGGUGUAAGGGUGAGUGAUUUCCUUCCGGCACGUCGCCCGCUCGGGGGAAGGGGGCGGGGGGUUUCACUUCCGGGACGGUGUUCCGGCCCAUUCCGGCCCAUUUCCACCCCCGGAGCAGGGCUGAAAGCCUGUACCAUCAGGCACACCAUGGAGAAAGGUGGGAACAUACAGUUGGAGAUCCCUGACUUUAGCAACUCAGUCCUGAGCCACCUCAACCAGCUGCGUAUGCAGGGUCGUCUCUGUGAUAUUGUGGUCAAUGUGCAAGGACAGGCUUUUCGGGCUCACAAAGUUGUGUUGGCUGCCAGCUCUCCCUAUUUCCGGGACCAUAUGUCCUUGAAUGAGAUGAGCACUGUCUCCAUAUCAGUCAUCAAGAAUCCUACUGUUUUUGAGCAGCUCCUUUCAUUUUGUUACACUGGGCGGAUAUGUCUACAACUGGCAGAUAUCAUCAGCUACCUAACAGCUGCCAGUUUCCUACAGAUGCAGCACAUCAUAGAUAAAUGUACACAGAUCUUGGAGGGUAUACAUUUCAAGAUUAAUGUAGCAGAAGUUGAGGCAGAAUUAGGCCAGACAAGGACAAAGCACCAGGAGAGACCCCCAGAAUCCCACAGGGUUACUCCAAAUCUAAACCGCCCCCUUAGCCCACGUCACAAUACACCAAAGGGGAGCCGAAGAGGCCAAGUUAGUACGGUGCUGGACAUCAGGGAGCUAAGUCCCCCUGAAGAAUCAACCAGCCCUCAGAUAAUUGAACAGAGUUCUGAUGUGGAGAGCCGGGAGCCUAUUCUUCGGAUUAACCGAGCAGGACAGUGGUAUGUGGAGACUGGGGUGGCCGACCGAGGAGGUCGAAGUGAUGAUGAGGUGAGAGUUCUUGGAGGAGUUCGGAUCAAAACUGAGAAUCUGGAGGAGUGGCUUGGGACAGAGAAUCAGCCCUCUGGAGAAGAUGGGAGCAGUGCCGAGGAGGUUGCCGCCAUGGUGAUCGAUACAACAGGCCAUGGGUCAGGAGGACAAGAGAAUUAUGCCUUGGGGUCUUCGGCACCCAAGGCCACUCGGCCAACCAGCAGUGAAAUGGACAGAUUUAGCCCUUCUGGCAGUGUUGUCACCCUGACUGAGCGACACCGAGCCCGAAGUGAAUCUCCUGGGAGAAUGGAUGAGCCUAAGCAACCCAACUCCCAGGUUGAAGAGUCAGCAAUGAUCGGAGUAAGUGGUUAUGUAGAAUAUCUUCGUGAACAAGAAGUAUCGGAGCGGUGGUUCCGAUACAAUCCCCGUCUCACCUGCAUCUACUGCGCCAAAUCCUUCAACCAGAAAGGCAGCCUGGAUCGCCAUAUGCGCCUGCACAUGGGGAUCACACCUUUUGUCUGCCGUAUGUGUGGCAAGAAGUAUACCCGCAAAGAUCAGCUGGAAUAUCACAUCCGCAAGCACACAGGCAACAAACCCUUCCACUGUCACGUUUGUGGCAAAAGCUUCCCCUUCCAGGCCAUCCUGAACCAGCACUUUCGCAAGAAUCACCCAGGCUGCAUGCCUCUGGAGGGGCCUCAUAGCAUCUCCCCUGAGACAACAGUCACAUCACGGGGACAGGCUGAGGAAGAAUCACCCCCACAGGAAGAGACAGUUGCCACAGGGGAGACUGCCCAGGGAUCUGUAUCCACCACUGGGCCAGAUUGAAAGACGGCAGGGGAAAGGGGGAGGGUCCCCUGCCCCCUUCUGGGCCAUAAGCAGCCAGCAUCUGGGCCAAGGGCCGGUUCUUGGAUUCACAGAAUGCCACAUCGCUACACAGGAAGGAGCUCCCAAGAUGUUGCCAAACUAGAAGAUUAACAAAGUGCACAAAAACACUCAAGGCACUUCCCUUCCCUUCCCCCACUUCACACCUCAGAAAAUAAUUAAGCAAAACAGCUUUCUGAUUCAGGGAUCAACAGCUUUGGUUUGUUAAUUUUUUUAAGAAAAAUUUUUUAAGAAAAUCCGGGAUAAACUGUCGUUUAGUUACCAACCAUGGUUUCAACUCUGUGAAUUGGUCCAGGUAACUGACCUUGGUGGCUGUAAUGUCCCAGCUUCAACCAGCACAGCCUCUGUCAUCUGGAUCGGCUGCAGGAGAGGAGGAGGAGAAGGUAGUAAGGACAGGGCCUUGCUCCUCUACCUCCCCUGCCAGUUAUUACUGUUACCACAGUCAAAGAAAAAGAAUAGUUCUGGUGGUCCUUACUGUUCUCAAGUUUCUUUUCAGCAGAAUGUGAUUGGGGGCUUUCUGUUUGCCCCAUCCAGGCAACUGGCUUCUUGCCUGAUUGCUUCAUGUAGGCAAUCUCUUGCAGCAGUAUUCUAGUAGGCAAUACAACUGUAAGCACCAUAGGCUACCAAAAGUUAAGUUAGCAGCUGUGAGGUUUGCAUUAGACAGUGCUGCAUUUGGGGGAUUAGGUGUGUGGUGAGGGAGAUGGGGAGGAGGGAGAAACUUUGUGUGUCUGUAAAUGUGGACUAGCACAGGACCACAUUGCAACUUGUUAACUGGGGUGGGGGCCACAUGACAGUGCUUUUUACAUCCCUAAGCACUAGGCAGUGGCUCUGGCCCAAGUGGAUUAAUGAGCUGGAGGCUGACCACCAAAGUUUUGUCACGUCUCUUUGGCUCCUGUUCUUACAUAACAGCAAUAUUGUACAUCACAAAUGUCACUUCCCAGUGAAAUGAUGCUGGGUUUUUAAAUCCAUAUAUCUCCAUGUUUGGUAAAUUUUAUAUGAAGUUUUAAAAAAUUUUUGUGUUACAACAGCAUUGUGGUUCAGGAAAUAUAAAGCUAUUGUUCCUAUUGCAACCAUAAUUCAAUUUCCCUCCUACAAAUAUAAUAGCUUAUAUUUCCUGCUCAUUUGAAGAACCUCACUAAUUCCUGUGUCUCCAGUCUGCCAAUUCACAAACACUCCUCAACCAAUUAGUGUUCGUUUGAGAGUGUUGCUUUUUAAAUAGUACACAACAGGGCAUUUACCAUAGAGCAUCAUCAUGAAUGUUCAAAAUGAAGCCCCAUUUGCUGCAGCAAAUGAACAAGGGGUUAGUUUUGAUCAUGUUUGUUCUGUUGUUCAUUCUCAAGAUUUAGCAAUAUUCACUGGGCCUCUUUGGCAUUUUUAGGUAUUAUUGAGGUUCUCUCAAGUUAAAAAUCAUGGAGAGAGCUAACCAGACCUGCAUAUCCCCUGCCCUGGAUGGGGAGGGGAAGGAAUUAGGCUUGUCCCUAUAGUGGGGGGGUUUUGAAUACUAAGGCAUGCAGGUAAGUAGCAAAUAACUGCUUUCAGACCCAAGUGCAAAUAGAAGAGAAAAAUCUCUGGCCUCCCACAUUGUUGGAAAGAUUACUAGUUUUUUGUUGGGUUUUGCUUUAAAGUAUUCAAAAUCUGCAAUGGUUUAAGAGAUUGCUUUGGUGCAGAAGUACAUGAAAGUGAAAAAGUGACUUACUGGGUGUCAGUUAUACUAGUAAAGGUCAACUGACUAAGAGCACACUGGUCAGGCCCUCCUCCCCUUCUGAGAACAUUUUGUGAGCUAUGGAAAAGUAGGCAGAGAAGAAGGAUAUUUUUCUGAAAACAAGUUGGAGUGCAAAGGGUGGCUAUUAAAAAGCAAAUUAAGUGUAUUAUUUGUUCAUUAAACUACGAGUGCCCUACUGUAUUCCCUCCUCAAAGAGAGAUCAUUGCAUUUUUUGGAGGGGCCCAGGAAGGCACAGUUUCUUCAAGUGGCAUGAUGCUGUCAUGUGAUGAGAACCUGCCCCCAAAGGGGAGAACCUGCUUCAGAGAUUGCUCAGGAGCACGUUGUUCCUUUUCAGGAGCUGUGUUUUGUUUUUUGAACAUGGACUGUGGCAUCCACUGCUGAAUGGGGCAGCAAUGUAAAAUGGCAAGACUUCUCUUCAGUGGCCAUCUGAGGGCUAUUGGUGUUGCAUGGCCAAGCCACCAGGGAGUUCCGGUUAGACUGGGACCCUUAGAAGAGUUUUUCAUCGGUCACCGAUUGAUAAUAAGAAGUAUUUGGACAGAUUUUGCCAUAUUUGAGUGGGAGGGAAAGGGGGGAGAAGUCCAAAAGAUGCUGCUUUAGACAUAGCUUUUAAACCUACCAAAAAAGGAAGAAGAAAAUUUAAAUCUAUUCUGCUCAUAAGAGAGAGUGUGCCAGGAAAUACUUUGUUGCUUUGUUAGUUACUUAGACAAUUUUAAAUGAGAAAGUAUAGCUUUUAUACCAUUACCAAACUCUAAAGAUGAAGUUAAGUAACUGCUAUAAAAGAAAAAGUUCUCCUAGCCAAUGUCAUUAAUUCCAUGCAGGUAUAGCAACAAAAAGCUCCAUUGAAGUAUGGACAACAUUAUUCAUAUAGGAAGACCAUGAGUGUGUGGUGAGGUUUAGUCUCUUUUUUCCUUUAUUUGACUUUUCACAGGUUUUUACUGUGUUGAUACUAUGAAUAGAGGAAAAUCCCAAUUAUCCAGGACCUUCAGCACAAUUCUCACUGCUGGUUCUUUCCUCUUAAUUGGUGUAGCCAGAACCAUAACACUCAUGAAAUCCUUGCCUAAGCUAGUUUUAAAGCAAAAUAAGACUUAGGAGAGCAGGCUUUUUUUUUUAACCUUUCCUUAGAAAAGAUUUACUCUUUAUAUAACUUCCAAAAUUCUUAUUCAGGUCUCACUGUGACAUUGCCCUAGUUCAUAGUUAAAGUCACUGUAAGGUCAUUAGAAUAGGGAUUAGUAAUAUUCUUUCUACAGUUGCUGCGUGUGUGUGUGUGUGUGUGUGUGUGUGAAGAAUGCCUGUUAAAUAUGUCCAAAAUGGACUCUUUAUUUGACUCAAUUUGAACUGAACCACUGACAGCCAAAUUCGAACCUCCGAAUGUGUCCCCUGGGAACAUGAAACUGGGUUGGCACUAAGGGCUAAAUUUUUUUUAAAAGAUCAUGUAGCUGAUACUAGUGUAACUUUGUCAAUUUGUACAAAAUGAUGGGCACUAGGUAUGAUCUCAUUUCGUGGUCAGUAAGUGGUACUUUAGCAAAGAAGCUGCCUCUGUUCUCAGCAAGAAAAGAAAAGAUGACAACUGUCAUCACUUUAUAUUCUGAGAUGGAACUUUCAUUCUACUGAACUCUUACCCACCACCUGAAUGAAAGUAUAAAUUUACUAUCUGUGUGUACAGUUAUAUUAUAAUUGGGCACAAAGACUAAUGCUUUAUUCUCUCUCUACUCAAAAGACUCUAAUGUUUUGUUUUUCUUUACUCAGAAUCAAUAUUUACCUCUGACCUCAGUUGAAUUUAUCAUGUCUUGAGUUUCAUAUCGUGUACAUCAUAAAACUUCCAAGACCAACUCAUCAAAGGGGUGAGUUAUGUCUCUUAAUCUUCUAGGAGAAACUAGAAGGAGAGAAUUGGAGAGAAAAGGAGGUAGAUGGAGGAAGGCUUUUUUGUUUAUUUUUAAUUUUGUUUUGAUUACUAGUAUCUUCCCUGCUUUUGUGAAAUGGGGUUUUCCAAAGAUGGUAUUUGCAGUAAAACUAAACAUUUUCUCUUUAUGGCAGCAGUUGAAAACUAGAAUGCAUUGGUUGUUAGUGCUGUGAUAGAAGGGAGAAUAAUGUGGUAAUAAAGUUGUGUAACUGUUGAAAGCUUCAGUCUCUGGCUAUAGCAACUUUGAUUAAGAAUUCUGCUCCUUUCUCAUCAUAGUAUAAAGGCCACAUUUGAUUAGGCAACAAGUUUGAAGAUGUUAUUUAAGAAAUGCAUAGGUGGGAAAAGGAGGCUUGGCUUGAAAAGAAUUUAUGAGGUAUGCAAGAUGAAUAGCCCAGCAUCUUAACAUGCAGUAACCAUCACAUCACCUUCAAUGGAACCUAAUUACCAAAUCCUUUCAGCUGAGUUGAAUCUUUUACAGUCAUAAAAUGCAUUUAUUUGUGCACCAAAUUGUAAAAAGACUAGCCUCUACCACUUCAAAGAUUGGAAGAGAGUGAAAAGUGCUGAAAGAUAUAUUUUCCUGGGGCAUUCUGCAUUUGGAAAAACAGCGACAUUUUAAUCAAUGACUGAGUCAGGGAAGUGAUGAAGGCAAAACCAUUAGCAAAGUACUUCCCCUGGAGCUAUGGUUUGGUUUGAAAGAAUUCUCUCAAGAUUUACCAUUGCUGCUAUUUUGUCUCUGUAAAAUAUAGGUUGGAGAGUUUGAGUUGCACAGCAAUAAAUCACCAGUUCCUUUAAAAGGUUUUUUUUUCUCUUGGUCUCUCUUACAGACUCCUUUUUCUCUUGACCUCUUUUGUACUGCUUCCCCUAGAUACUGAGGGCUUUAGUGGAGGGAAACCCCACAGAAUUGAACCUCAUGAUUGCCUCUCUCUUGAAGUUAUGGUAAUUCAUUGAUUAGUAACAGGCAUGAUAACAUGGCUCUCUUAAAAUAGUUUCCAUAUAAUAUAAGGUAAAGGUAAGCCUUAAAACCUUUUAAAAAUAACCACAAAAGUAGAAAGGUGUAUGCUUGUAUAUGUGUGUAUAUGUA